AAACAGAAGAGAUGAAUCUUUGUCUUAACAAUCAAAACCACAAGAUUAGGUGGAGAGAGUGUUGAAGCAAUGAAGGUAAAUGUGGAGGUAAUAACGGGGACGUUUAUAGAUGCGGAGGUGAGUGAGAGUGCGACAGUGAAGGAACUAAAGGAGAAGAUUGCAACGGAGGUGAAGUUAUCGGUGAAGCGUUUAAUACUUGUGGUCGAGGAUGGUGAGGGGAUCAGAAGAAUGGUGAAGGAUGAUGAAGAUGAAACGAAGUUGAUAGAGUUAGGAGUGAAAGAAGAUUCUCAUAUGUAUUUGUUCUUUAAGCAUCCUGAUUUGGUUUACAAGGAAGAGAGAUCUCAAGGAAGAGGAGAUGAUGCUUCUGUAGAGGAGGUUUCAUCAGAAGCAGAGAGUAACAGAGGAAACAAAGAAGAAUAUGAAGAGGCAAAGGGUGAAGAGGAAGAUAUAGCUAUGAAGAAUGGUGAAGAAGAAGAGAAGAAUGGAGAAGAAACAAAGGAUGAUGAUAAUGUUGAAGAUAGAAAAAAGAAAGCAAGAGAAGGAGAGAAUGAAAUGGAUAUAGUUUCUUGAUUUGAUUUGCUUAGCCAUUCCAUUUUAGUUUACUUUUCUUUUGUGAUUGUCUUGGCAUAAUAUUUCUUGUUCUACAAGUAAACAGCUUAAUGAAAUUUUAUGAUCUGUUUGGUUUC